AUGGCAUUAAAAGAAAAAGAUAAAAUUUUCCAAAAUAUCAAAGUAAAUUGGGUCCAGAUAAAUUGGAGAGUCCUUCUAGGUAGUACCGCUUCCAUUACAUUUUCACCUUCAAAUAGUGGUGGUGGUGGUAAUGUAGGAAGUUAUCCAUUUAAAGAUAACAAUUUUUCAUUUCCAACAGAAAGUCAAAUAAAACCUUAUAAAUCAAUUAAACAAAUUUUAGCAAUGGAGCCACAACCUCCAUCACCAAUGUUUCCAUCUUAUCAAAAUAUUGAAAUUUCUCAAACUUGUCAACCUGUUAAAAAAUAUUGUGAUAUAAAGGUUUAA